AUGAUUGGCGCGCUCGACGAGACGAUUGCAGCGUUCGAGCAGCUGCAGACGAGUGUGAGGGAGCUGAGGGCGGAGUUGACGGACCUGAGGGCGGAGAAGGAGCGGGCGAAGUUUGUCUAUGCGGCUAAACUCUGCUUGAAGGGCGCGCUUUGCCCACUCAUCCUUGACCUGAUGUUGAAGUAUGCCGAGAAGUCGGACCCGGAGACUGCCUCGGACCUCUACGACCGGUUGCACGUUCUCUGCCUCACGAACUGGCGCGGCCUGCACGACAAGCUCCUGAGUAGCUACAACCGCCGCUACCUCGAGGGUAUCGUGCCGCCCUCCUUCUUUGACGCGUUGCAAGCCGCUGUCAGGGCCUUCAAGAACAAGACACUCGACCCCGCACGACCCCUUCACUGCCUCGCUCCGCAUCACAACGGGUGA